UUAAAAAGCGAAGAGUGAGAAACGAUAGUUGAUUAGGAACCACGAGUUGGCGCGAAAGCAAAGGGAAGAAGAAGAAGGUGCCGAAGUUGAAGGGCGUAGCGAAGAAUGUCGCUUGAUGGAGCCACACCCACACACCCAUUCCAUUCACUUACACUUCUCUCCUCCUCCCCUUCUUCCAUUCUCUCUCCUUUCAAUUUCACUUUCAGCUUCCCAGUUUGCCACAUUCUUAUCGCGCUUCUUCAUUCGAACCUCAACAUCACAUCCCUAACUUAUUUGCUUGUCUUUAUGAACCUCCUCGUUCAUCCUUCCCAAACCUUCCGAUUUACACCUCAAUAAUGGGGACUCCCGUGAAUAUUAUUGUGGGUUCUCAUGUCUGGAUUGAAGAUCCAGAGGUAUCUUGGAUUGAUGGACAGGUAUCAAAAAUCACUGGAAAGGAUGCUGAAAUUGAAACAACCAAUGGAAAAAAGGUUGUUGCAAAAUUAUCAAAAAUAUAUCCCAAGGAUAUGGAAGCUCCUGCUGGUGGAGUGGAUGAUAUGACUAAACUGUCUUAUUUGCACGAGCCUGGAGUCCUGCAGAACUUAAAAAUUAGAUAUGAAUUGAAUGAAAUAUAUACUUACACUGGAAAUAUUCUGAUUGCAAUAAAUCCAUUCCAAAGACUACCUCAUAUUUAUGGUGCACACAUGAUGCAACAAUACAAGGGAGCACCAUUUGGAGAAUUAAGCCCUCAUGUAUUUGCAGUUGCUGAUGUUGCAUAUAGGGCGAUGAUUAAUGAAGGAAAAAGCAAUUCAAUUCUAGUCAGUGGGGAAAGCGGAGCUGGUAAAACUGAAACUACAAAAAUGCUUAUGCAAUACCUUGCUUUCUUAGGUGGUAGGGCUGGUACUGAAGGACGAACAGUUGAACAACAAGUUCUUGAAUCAAAUCCAGUUCUGGAAGCAUUUGGCAAUGCCAAAACUGUCAGGAAUAACAAUUCUAGUCGUUUUGGUAAAUUUGUUGAGAUCCAAUUUGAUAAAAGUGGAAGAAUCUCAGGAGCAGCCAUCCGAACAUACCUUCUAGAGAGAUCUCGGGUUUGCCAAGUUAAUGAUCCUGAAAGGAACUACCAUUGCUUUUAUCUUCUUUGUGCUGCACCGCAGGAGGAAGUUGAGAAAUACAAAUUAGGAAAUCCUAGAUCAUUUCACUACCUUAACCAGUCAAAAUGCUAUGAACUGGCUGAUAUAAGUGAUGCUCGUGAAUAUCUUGCCACCCGGAGAGCUAUGGAUAUUGUUGGAAUAAGUCAGAAAGAUCAGGAAGCCAUUUUCAGAGUUGUUGCUGCAAUUCUUCAUAUUGGUAACAUUGCUUUUACCAAAGGGAAGGAAGUCGACUCAUCUGUUCCAAAAGAUGAUCAAGCCAAAUUCCACCUUAAAACAACUGCUGAGCUUCUCAUGUGCAAUGCUGAUGCCUUGGAAGAUGCAUUAUGUAAGCGUGUCAUGAUCACCCCUGAAGAAGUUAUAAAACGGAGUCUUGACCCCCAAAGUGCUGCAGUCAGUAGAGAUGGAUUGGCAAAAACAAUUUACUCUCGGUUAUUUGACUGGUUGGUGGACAAGAUUAAUAAUUCAAUCGGACAAGACCCCAAUUCUAAAUCCUUGAUUGGGGUCCUUGAUAUUUAUGGUUUUGAAAGCUUUAAAUCUAACAGUUUUGAGCAGUUUUGCAUUAAUUUCACGAAUGAGAAGUUGCAGCAACAUUUUAAUCAGCACGUGUUUAAAAUGGAACAAGAAGAAUAUACAAAGGAGCAGAUCGAUUGGAGCUACAUUGAGUUUGUUGACAACCAAGAUGUUUUGGACCUAAUUGAAAAGAAACCUGGAGGAAUUGUUGCUCUCCUUGAUGAAGCUUGCAUGUUUCCAAAGUCAACACAUGAAACAUUUGCAAACAAGCUUUAUCAAACAUUUAAGAGUCACAAGCGCUUUAUUAAGCCAAAAUUGUCUCGAACCGAUUUCACCAUUGCUCAUUAUGCUGGAGAGGUGACAUACCAGUCUGACCAAUUCUUAGAUAAAAAUAAGGAUUAUGUGGUUCCUGAACAUCAAGAUUUAUUGAGUGCUUCCAAAUGUCCUUUUGUAGCUGGCCUUUUUCCACCACUUCCAGAAGAGACAUCAAAAUCGUCCAAAUUUUCUUCAAUUGGUUCUCGUUUUAAGCUACAACUACAACAACUGAUGGACACAUUAAAUUCUACAGAACCCCAUUACAUUAGAUGUGUGAAACCAAACAACCUCCUCAAGCCUGCAAUUUUUGAGAAUAACAAUAUUAUGCAACAACUUCGCUGUGGUGGUGUUUUGGAGGCAAUCAGAAUCAGCUGUGCUGGCUACCCUACUCGGCGUGCUUUCUUUGAAUUUAUAAACAGAUUUGGCCUCCUUGCCCCAGAGGCCAUGGAAGCAAACUGUGAUGAAAAGACUGGUUGCCAAAAGAUUCUGGAAAAGAUGGGGCUUAAAGGAUAUCAGAUUGGAAAAACAAAGGUAUUCUUGAGGGCAGGUCAGAUGGCUGAACUAGAUGCACAGAGAGCUCAAGUACUUAGCAAUGCAGCAAAAGUUAUCCAACGGCGGAUACGAACCCAUCAAGCUCGUAAACAUUAUCUUGCAUUGCGAAAGAAGACCAUAUAUGUGCAGUCUCGGUGGAGAGGAAGACUUGCAUGCAAACUCUAUGAGCGCAUGAGAAGGGAGGCUGCUGCUGUGAAAAUUCAAAAGAACAUACGCAGAUAUGAAGCUAGGAAAGCCUAUAAAGAACUUCAUGUGUCAGUACUUACACUGCAAACAGCUUUAAGGGCCAUGGCUGCUCGCAAGAAGUUCAGAUUUAGGAAGCAGACUAAAGCUUCCAUCAUUAUUCAGGCUCAGUGGCGGUGUCACAAAGCUGCCUUAUAUUAUAAGAGGCUCAAGAAAGGUGCAAUAGUUACACAAUGCAGAUGGAGGGGGCGUGUUGCCAGGAGAGAACUUAGGAAACUGAAAAUGGCUGCAAGAGAAACUGGUGCCCUUCAAGAAGCAAAGGAUAAACUUGAAAAACGAGUGGAGGAACUCACUUGGCGCCUCCAACUAGAAAAAGGUUUAAGGACCAAUCUAGAAGAAUCUAAAGCACAGGAGAUAGCAAAACUGCAGAAUUCAUUGCAAGAGAUGCAGAGCAAAUUUGAUGAAACUAAUGCUCUGAUCAUCAAGGAGCGAGAGAAUGUAAAAAAAGUUGUUGAAGAAGCACCUCCUGUUAUUAAAGAAACACAGGUUGUUGUUGAAGAUACACAAAAGAUUGAGGCAUUGACUGCAGAAGUUGAUAGCUUAAAGAGUUCACUUGAGUCAGAGAAACAGAAAGCUGAUGACUUAGAAAAAAAAUAUAAUGAAGCCCAAGCUUGCAGUGAAGAAAGAGGUAAGAAAUUAGAAGACACAGAGAAGAAGGUUCGUCAGCUUCAAGAAUCAUUGACAAGGCUAGAGGAGAAGAUUGCUAAUUUAGAAUCAGAGAAUCAGGUUCUACGUCAACAAGCAGUUUCCAUGACACCUAAUAAAUUCCUUUCAGGACGCUCAAGAUCAAUUGUCCAGAGAACUGAAAGUGGUCAUAUUGCUGUGGAAGCAAAGACACCUCUGGCUAAUCAGGAACUGCAUAGUAGUCAAUCAAUGCACCGGAGGGAACCCUCUGAUGUGGAUGAUAAACCACAAAAGUCUCUAAAUGAGAAACAACAGGAGAAUCAAGAGUUACUCAUUAGAUGUAUUGCGCAACACCUAGGGUUUGCUGGAAACAGACCAAUUGCUGCCUGUAUCAUAUACAAAUGCCUCUUGCAUUGGAGAUCAUUUGAGGUUGAGCGUACUAGUGUUUUUGACCGUAUCAUCCAAACUAUUGGACAUGCAAUUGAGACCCAGGAUAACAAUGAUGUCUUGGCUUAUUGGUUAUCCAAUGCCUCUACACUUCUCUUGUUACUCCAGCGCACACUCAAGGCAAGCGGUGCUGCUGGAAUGGCUCCACAACGCCGUCGUUCUUCGUCAGCAACCCUGUUUGGGAGGAUGACUCAAAGUUUCCGUGGAACUCCAGCUGGAGUCAAUCUUUCCCUAGUAAAUGGAAGCACAAGCAGAGGAGUUGAUACAUUAAGACAAGUUGAAGCCAAGUACCCAGCUCUGCUUUUCAAACAGCAGCUUACAGCAUAUGUGGAAAAGAUAUAUGGGAUGAUUCGUGAUAAUUUGAAGAAAGAAAUUUCUCCCUUGCUUGGAUUAUGCAUCCAGGCACCAAGAACAUCCAGAGCAAGCUUGGUUAAGGGAUCAUCACGUUCUGUUGCAAACACUGAAGCCCAGCGUGCUUUGAUUGCUCACUGGCAGGGGAUAGUGAAGAGCCUAGGGAACUUUCUAAAUACUUUGAAAGCAAAUCAUGUUCCUCCAUUUUUAGUUCGUAAGGUGUUCACACAAAUUUUUUCUUUCAUCAAUGUACAAUUAUUCAAUAGUCUUCUUUUACGACGGGAGUGCUGCUCGUUUAGUAAUGGUGAAUACGUCAAAGCUGGUUUGGCUGAAUUGGAGCAUUGGUGUUACAAGGCAACGGACGAGUAUGCUGGUUCAGCCUGGGAUGAGCUCAAACAUAUUAGACAAGCUAUUGGAUUUCUGGUCAUACAUCAGAAGCCAAAGAAAACGCUGGAUGAAAUAAGCCAUGACCUGUGCCCCGUCCUUAGUAUACAGCAGCUAUAUCGGAUUAGUACCAUGUACUGGGAUGACAAAUACGGAACUCACAGUGUGUCCUCUGAUGUCAUAUCCAAUAUGAGAGUGUUGAUGACUGAAGAUUCAAAUAAUGCAGUUAGCAAUUCUUUCCUCUUGGAUGAUGAUUCAAGCAUUCCGUUUUCAGUUGAUGACAUAUCGAAGUCAAAUGAACAGAUAGAUAUCGCAGAUAUAGAGCCGCCGCCACUAAUUCGUGAAAACUCUGGCUUUAGCUUUUUGUUGCCGCGCCCAGAUUGACAGGUUUUUUGUAGAUUUCAUCGACCGGUAUUCUUUCCCACCUUCAUGGAGUUACCUAGUCACAUUCAGAUAUAAGUUAUCAAGGAAUGCUGAAUUGUUGACGUUGGCUUCGUCGGAAACAAGUCAUUGUAUCAAACACGCCAAAAUUUUCAUCUUAGUGAUGGAUGACACAACGUAGAUCAUCACGUCGUGCAAGUACAUUUUGGGGUGGGAAUAAAAAAGACAUACUUAAUAGCCUUUUUCCAUGAGGUAUCACUCUUUCUUUUAUUAAAACCUUGUUGCUUCUGAGCACGUUGCUUUGCUUGGAAUAAGAUUUUGUAUCUAGAAGUAUAGAAAUUUCGACCAAUUAUAGUAAUGAAUGAAGUCCAUGACCAUCACCAGAA